AUCCGAGCGGGCAGUUCGGACGCAGCAAUAGAGUUGGAGUUGUGAAGGGGGUGGGGAGCAAACGGAAGGGGACGUACAGGAAAGGAAAGGGCCGCACAUACACGUCACGGGGGAAACAAAAAAAGGGCAAUGUUUAAUUCCCACAUUUAUUUAUCUCCUCGUGUUCCUGAUAUGUUCGCGAAUCGUUCGCAGUUUUCGGUGCAACUUCCUCACCUCGGCCAUCGGUGAGUGCGGCGCGUCGUCAGCGUCUCAGCCCGCAGAGAGAGGAGGGCUGACGCUGUCACACAGACACACACUCAACUUCCCGUCAACACACACAGCAGCACAGGCGAAACGAGCUGCUGCUGCUGACAAAAAAGGGGAACGAGAUCGGGGUUUGUCAAGAGGAGAGGAGAGGACACACACCAACCCUAAAGGCUUCUGGGCAGAGACACGGCGCCGUUGUCCUCAGGUCUGAGCUCUGCUAAUUAGCCUGCGUGGGUCCCUGCAGAGACACAGCAGCAGCAGCAGCACGGCUAACAGCAGCACACGGCGAGAGCGGCGGCUGUUCAGGGUGUGAGGAGGAUUUCUUUGAGGAAACUGACCAAAUUGAUGUUCAGUCCACUCAUGGGAGAUUACACGCGAUAGCCAGCCAUCCCUCCCUCUACCCCCUCCUGUCGGACCCUGGCUUGGAUUCGCCACUCGGGCGCUGUCCUCGCCGGGGGGUGCCGGAUCACCAUCGCCCGGUCCAGCUAACGCCAGGCGGCGGUUCGGUCCCCCUGACCCCCCGCCCUGCCUGCCUGCCUCUCGCCUGUCUGGACGCUGUGGCCGACCUUAGCCGAGUUGGAACAUGGCAGGGAACCUGAAGAAAGGCGGAGGACUCAUCGGUAUGAUGAAGGAUGCCUUCCAGCCACACCAUCACCACCUCCACUCCCAUCACCAGCCGGGGGCCGUGGACAAAAAGACAGUGGAGAAAUGCUGGAAGCUGAUGGACAAGGUACGUGGAUCAGGUGGUGGUCAGCGCAGAUGGUUAGGAGGGGGGCUGCUAGCUAACCGCAGCUAACUAGCGAUAAGCUAGCUAAUCUUCGCCUCCUGCUACUGCAGCAGCUCUGGUGUCUUUAACGCAAACUAAGCUAGUCAGCUGGGAGAUUUAGCUAGCCUAUGUUUGCCAUUUGGCUAUCAUUAACUCCAUUGUUUUAUACCACACACACUGGGCUUUAAAGCAGCCUUUAACAUUAAUCCGUGUUGUUGCAUUUAAAGCGCAAAGACUCCUUAAAAACAUCUGUUUGUUAGCCCUGUGCCACUCCAUGCUAACUAGUUUGUGGAGCUUUUAAAGACCACGUUCAAACCCUUAAAAACACUGACAAAGAAAGUACAGGAGGUGUUAAAGUCACUGUGGAGAUUGAUUAAACUAUAAUAAGGAAGUGUGUUCAGAUAAUAGGACUUUGAGCAAAGUAAUAAACAGUUUCUCAUGUACAUAGUUGCUAACAUGACUACAGUCAAAAAACAGAAAAAUGUGUCCACAUAACGAGGCCAAUUCUUUUACAGGAGAGACUCAUUUCACAGCUUAACUUCUCGGAAAAGUCUGUAACAGUUUGACCCCUAGUUUCCUGUGAGAUUCACACUGCAAUAUGCGAGUGAAUAGGAAGACAAGACACUCUUUUGUGUCCUCUCUUCCUCUUUGAGGCCUCAGUUCAGAGCACUGAUGUUAAGAGACCAAGUCAAAGCUAUUUUUAAGAAACCAGACUCCACUUUGUUUCACUCAGCUUUGCAUCUGUGGUUUGUUAUCCACUGAACUGUUAUACGCAUUUAAUACAAAUAAGAGCUGCUGUAGCUGAUACACAAAAAUAUCACAGUUAUACCGCAACUUUGGUUUUUCAUAUAUAACCCUCAUAGAAUAAGUCUCUAAACCCUGAAAUGAGGAUGUCGGCACAGUUGACCCUAUGCCACUAAAUCUGCCUUCACAAUCAGGUUAACUUUUUACAGUUUACAGUGUGAAAUAAUUUACCAUGUUCAUCUGACCCAGUAAGAUAGUUAACUGUGGCACCAGCAAGAUAUAAUGUGAACUCUUCUUACCUUGUGUUAAAGUGAGGAGACCAACGUAUUUUGACCAAACUGUAUAGUUUAAAAUAGCAGCAGUAAUUAUAGAAGUUGUAUUCUGUGUUGUCUAAAGGAAAACCACAGCCCAACAUACACUUUCAACCAACACCUGCUCAAGAGCAUCUAUUUUUCACUCUGAAAAACACCCCCUUCAGAGGGUUAGGUUAAAUUUUGAUCAAAAUUACGCAACAAGAUAUUUAAAUCUCUUAUUCUUUCACUGUUUAGCAUACAAAAUCUUCAGCUGACCCUGUUUUGGAUCAGUAUUUCCUGGUCCAAAGGUGUGGUUUAUGGUUUAGCCUUCUUAAUUGAGGUCGAACUUAAAAAAAUAAAUAAUUAAAGCUUAAGGUUUAAAGGCUUAACCAUUAGGUUAUGCAUUACUGUCUCUCCUUUUGCAUAUGUUAUAUUUACUGCUAUUCAUUAAUCUUACCUUGAAAUGUCAAAUUGUAAUUUAUCAUCACCCAAACUACGAUUAAUAUACAGUCAGAAAAUAUCCAGUGUUGAUUUUACAUACAUUUCUUAGCUUGUGACUCUCUUUUAAAGGGAGUUUGUUUGUAUAUUUCAACCAGUCUGAUUAAUUUAUUUCUCAAUCUUCCUUUAAUUGUUAAAGUUGACCCCAAACAAAUCUUCCACCAUUGUCCCAUGUAGUUAAGUCCAUUGAAGGUUUGUAUGCAUAGUAGUUGCAUGCUGCACUGUACUCUAUCAUUGAAAAUUAUUAAUUUACACUCAUUCAGUGCCAUUUGUCUGGGCUGUGAAGAAACAAGGAAACACAGCUGACAUGCUUAUAGCUGUAACCAGGGCCAAUUUUUUUAUCUGAAGCUGCUUAAAUAGAAGACACUUAAACUCAUUCACACCUGGCAGAAAGUACCUGGUUGGUCUGUUCCAGGUGUGAAUGAGUCUGGAGAGAAAAGGAGUGGAAUGCAGAUUGGCAUAAAGGCAGUCAACGUCUCUCUUCAGCCUUGAUUGGCAUUGACAUACGAGAGCACUCAGUUGUUAUGGCCUUGUACAUGUGCAAGCAUGCAUGCGUAUUUGGCAGAGUUAUGAGUACAAGUGUUAGCAUGGUAGAUGAUAAUGUUAGUGAUGUAACCUUGGCAACAGUCUUAUCUGGUGUCAGACAUAACCAGGGUAAACUUCUGGAGGCCGGGAGAGGGUUUAAAGGAGCGAGGGUACUGUUUUGGUUAUGAUAUUCUAACAUCAGUUCAGUACGUUAUCUCUCAGUUCAGAUGCACACACAGACGAGUGAAAUACUGGCACACACGCAGAUACCAACCACAGGCAAAUGAUCUAAAAUGCUCACGGGAUAUGAAACAGAGAAAGUGUGAGACCCUGUUGACGCUUUGAGCUCGCUCUUUAAAUUUGGUGAUGCUAUUUGUUUAAAAAAACAAAAACAUCAGGCAAUUAUCUUCGUCGUCUGCUUGGUCUUGGGCUGAAUGUAACUUUGAUGAUCUUUAUGGCUGACCUUUAAAGGCUGUUUUCCUACUUCAUUUCCAGGAACUUAAAACAUCCAUGGUAAACUUUCAAUCAUCAGUGUAAUUUCGAUUACGUUAUUGUCUCUGAAAUAUUUCCCCUGAUGUCAAUGAGACGCUGACCUUUACCAUUUAGACACCAGUGAAGGCCUACGUGUGUGAAUCACUACUGCAGUACUGCUUACAAUACACUGUUUGGUAGGAAGCAACUGAUGCAGUGAUGACGAGGCAAGUGGUCCAAGAGCAGUAGCUCAUUUCUCGAGCAAAGAUCAAAUAUUUCCUCUAUGUCACACUCAGAGUAGGAAGCCAAGAGAUGGAUAAUUAUUUUUGAGAUUUUAAAGAGCUAAUAAAUGGUAUCAAGUCUUCUGGUCUGACUUAUGAGCAUGUAAAAUCCUUUAAAACACCAGCUUUUAUCAGUGUAAUUCUCAGCACACUUCAGUUACAGGUUGGUAGGUGAAAAGUUGACCUAUAAAGACUUUAUCAGUCCUAUUUCCCAUAUCUACUUGCAAAUAACUUCCCAAAACAAAGGCAAAGGCAUUCAACCUGACAUUUUUGUAAUUCUGUUCCUGUGUAUUUCCUCUGAAAUGUCACUCACAGUAAGUUGACAAUAAUUUGGCCCAAACCAGAAAAAAAACAAAAUCUCAUGUUCAUGUUAUUGACAUGUGAUUGUCCAAUCAUCAUGUCAACUAUCAACGCAGGUCCAGAUCAGGAUGUGAGACCCUGAAUGUUUUUAGAUGAAAUUCUAGUUUAGCAGGAGGGGAAGUCAUUCUUACAUGCAGCAGUGACCGUGCCCACUCAGAGAAUAACAUCAGUGUAAAUGUCCUGGGCUGUUCGCUGGUGUCUUCUGUAAUGGUCAAUGAGGUGACUUGGACACAGUACCGCAGUACAGGAAGAUGGCUGAGGGGUGGUUAAACAUUACAGUGGAUGUUACAUGCAGUCUGGUGAACAUGUCAAACUCAAGCACAGAGCUGAUUCCCUAAAUUUCAAUGUUUCAUGAAGUAUUUUGAUAGAGGGUUAACUCCUGCUCACCCAUUACAGUGUUAACCCUCUGAUGUAGAUUUCUCAUAGUUUUAUAAAGUCUCACAUACUUGGUGAGUUUACUUCUUUGCCCAAACUCGAUGUAGCUUUUACCCACGGUGUCUCGUCUGUAUCUCAGUCUGUGCUUCAGCUGUUCAUAUUUGCUGUACUCAAGUGUUUUGCAUAGACAAAUUGGUAUUUUUCAUGCAGAAGUGGUGUAAGAUUUGCAGAUUGAAAUGAGGAUGUGUUAACACCAACGUGUUUCCUAAACAUUCCGAAGAAGUUGACCCAGACUGUGGAAAUCCAUGCUUGUUGAAAUCACAUAAUAAGGCAUGUCCUCAAACAGAGACAUGAAUGAAGAUGAGGGGAUUCACAGAGAGAACAGACAGUAUUGUGAUCAUGCAGAUCCGCCUUUGUGCUGUUUCACUUUAAUCACUUUUCUGUAGAUACAAGAGGAAGUAGUGUGACAUUGGGGAAAUAACUCUUCGAGCCAUGAUGGAAUAAAUCAAUGAAACUCUGUGCAUUCCAUUAUGUAAUGUGUGGACUUGCUGCUCUCUGAAAGCUCCAACCCUGCAUCCAACAGGGCUUUUAAGACCCUUUCUCUUAGUCUUCACCUUCGUUGGCACUUUCCAUUCUGCGUGUCGUCUCUCUGGGCUCGCUAACAAUAUUCGGCACUAUAGAUAAGUGGUGCAAAACAGAAAGAGCUGUAUUAUGCAAGAUUCUGCCUAUAAGGUAUUAAUAGCGUCUAACUAAUGCAAAACGAAAGUGUGUUUUUAAAAUUUAAAAUAACUCAGAUUUUCUCUGUCACUGCUCCUAAACCACCCCUUUUUUUUUCUUCAACGCAUCUUUUCCCUUAUCUCUUUCGCUUAUGCACCCAUCUCUUAUUUCUAACUGUAUCCUGUCAUCUUCUGCACCCUUCUUUUCUGCAGGUGGUGCGCCUGUGCCAAAACCCCAAAUUGGCUCUGAAAAACAGCCCCCCUUACAUCCUGGACCUGCUGCCAGACACCUACCAGCACCUGCGCACCAUCUUGUCUCGCUACGAAGGCAAAAUGGAGACUCUGGGAGACAACGAGUACUUCCGGGUCUUUAUGGAGAACCUAACCAAGAAGACGAAGCAGACCAUCAGCUUGUUCAAGGAGGGAAAGGAGCGCAUGUACGAGGAGAACUCGCAACCCAGGUGAGUAAAGUGGAAAAAUGUGUUGUACCUGCGACGAAUAAAGUGGAUACGAUUUAGCUGUGGGUGGUUUGAAACCGCUUCAUUAUUUUUUCACCCUCUUCUGAGUCAUUGUGUUGAUUUCCACCAUAAGACUUGGAUGCAAUGAGACACUACAGCUACUACAUCACAAACACUUCACAUCUCAUCUUCUUUCAUUCAUUCAAAGUCAUUAUGUCUGAGCAGACGCUCCCUGAACAAUGGCACCCUUCCCCAGCCCCCCGGGUGGUUGUAGCUUGAGAGACAUCAAAACAAGAGUAGAGAGGUGUUGUGGUUUGCGCAUGUGAGCUCCUCUGUGGUCAGGAUGGCACUUAAUCUACAGCUGCCUGCCUGUUUUUUUUGUUUUUGUGCUGCUUUAUCUCCACCAUCUACUUGAGCGUUUUCUCUUCAUGUAGUCGUUGACGUUACCGCGCUCUUACUCAUUUACCUCAUCUCUUUCUUGCUCGAAGAAAACAGACCCACUCGUGCACAAUUCCUACUAGAAAAAUCCUCUAUCCUGUAAAAGGGAGAUACUCUUGUUUCCUUUACUUCAAAACUUCUAAAUGAGAGCAGGCAGUCCUUUGAAGACAAAAUAUGGCGAAUAAGACCCAAAGACAAAUUGGAGCUUCUUUUUUACUCCGAGUUAUUGAUGUGUUAAUGAGAAAGCUCUCUGAGGGGAAGACAAGCUGUUAGAUGGGACUCCUUUGUUCACAUAAUAGGCUUUUUAUUUCAUGGCAAGCUGUGGGGAGAUCCUGGAAACACAGUAGAAACAGAAGUCAUGUUCAGUAUGUAAUGAAAUUGAUGGACAUUCAUUGGAUCUUCUCUAUAGAGCCUUUUAUUCAAUAUGCAGCCAGCUAUGAUCAAAUAUACCAGCUAAUGCCGCCUCAUCUUCCCCCUAUGCAUUGUCUGGGCGACUCGAUGUGUCUGCCUGCUGUAGCUGAUGUCUUAAAGAGGUUUGUAGGGCAAAGACAGUCAGAUGGAGGAAAUGUUGCAAAGUAACAAAUAGUCUGCAGAGAGUUGAUGCCAGCUAAGAGAAGUCACAAAAUCAUCAGCAUACACAGUCACAAGCAGGUCACACAAAAAAGGGGUUGUUCGCUGUGAAACUCUCUUUGCUGUGUUUCAGAUUCAAAGUGCAGAAUUUUGAACAUGCUGCAUCAAUCUGCUUUUUUCUUUUAGACAAAAAUGCUUAUUUUUUUUUAUAAAAAAUGCAUGUUUUGAAUUGUUUCUACAUCCUUUUUGUUUGUGCUAACACACGGAAGUCUGAGUCUCCAGUGGGUUUAAGUGUAGACAAGAAAAGAGCAGAAGAGUUGAUGUGUCUACCACGUUUACAGAAAGUAUGUAAGGAUUCAGAUUAAAUGCUUUCGAGGAGCUUGCUCCCGGGUUACGUUGCAAACUCACGCCUGAUUGUUAAAGAAAUCGUAGCAACAGGUCACCAAAGUGCUAACAUGGAGAUGACUUACAAGAGAGAAUCAAAGGAGGAGGGAAAUGUAAACCUUGAAUUCUCUGGAGCUGAAAAUUGGUGAAGAAAUGAACUCAGGGUCAGGGUGCAGCAGGUUGGCCUGCAGAAUAAUCCUCCGGGUCACUGCCUUUCUGGUGCUGCUGUCUAUUCUCUUUCAGACUAAUGUCAGUACCAAGGGGGGUUUGUCAUACGUGUGAAAACCUUAAAACGAAAGCAAGCAGCAAGAAUGAGUCAAGGGGUCAAUCAAGGUGUUUGUUACCUCUUGUGGUAGGAUAGAGACAGAGAUGUGAUCAUCAGGCCCAGAAUUUGACUCCAUCCCUGUCCAGAUGAACCACCUAAUGUGAAUGCUAACUGCGUCCCUAGUUCUACACUUUAUUCAUUACAACAGGUAAGGUAGUUCACCUGUCUGGCAUUGAACAAACACUAUACCACCCUGAAACAGUUUAGACUCAAAGCAUGAGCUCUUUUACUCCCGCUGGUCCAGAGUCAGUCCAUAGAUGUCUCAGAGUAACCAGUACUACUGUGUUUCAGCAUGUGGGCAAUUUUAUAAGCUUUUACUCUUUCUCACCGGGUGGAAGACACUGCCUUCAAUGUGACAUGUUGCAUUAAUUAUUGCAUUAUCUGCAUCAGCUGAUCGAUCCUUUUCAAAUAAAACAGCUGCAUUUGUGCCGAAGCGGACUGAAGUAAAUCCUGAAAUAAACAUUACUCUGUGUUCAAAAGGGAACUGACUGUGAAUCAAGAGUCAGUUCUGGAUGUAACCAUGACUGUAAGAAUCUAAAUCCAGUCACCUGAUGAGUAACUGAAAGAUUAACAGCACCUCUGUUUAGAAACUGCUUAAAGCUUAAUAGCCGCUCAGAAUUAGUCAAAUGCAAGUAUCUGUUUCAAAGAGAGCUUCCUCGCUUAUGAACCCAGCCUGAAGUCUCUUUGUUGAACUGCGUCUCGUUUGGAGCUUGUUGGGUAAUAGUUUAAUUGAGUCAGUCUAAGUGAUACAUCCUCUUCAAGUUGCUCAGUUCCUCAGUCCGUUUGUUCCUCCUCUGCAACCAUGACGAGGAUCUUGCAGACAAAAAAAAACGCUGACCCAACCAGAGAGAAGAGACAGAUUUAACUCAGCUGUUGUCGUAUCGAACACGAGCUGACAAAGUUCUUCUUUGCCGCUUUUGACCGUUUCUCUGUGAAGUCGUAUCACUGCCUCGCUGCACCAAGCGGCCGCGCCGUAAAAGAAAUGCCUAGUUCAAGCAGAGGAAACGCAUACACACAGAAGCCAGGCAUUACACACAAAGACUGCUAUUGUUUGUGUGCAGAAGGCAGUGGCAGUGACACUAACCAAUGGGUAUCAACCCACUUAAGAAUGCUACGGGAUCAACCAAUGACGCUGAGCUGCUACAGAGACUAGUAUGUGGUUAGACUGCAGCUGAGCUCAGCACAUGGCUCAGAAGGAGAAGCUGAACUAAAAGAUAAUCUCAGGGGUCAAAUGUAAAAAGAGUUUGGUCGUACACACGGCGUCACUGUACUCUCUAAACCAGUUUAAAAUUGAAGAAAGAAACAACAGUGACUUUUAUUUUCACAAGUGAAGCUUUUUCUUAGUCAUUUCCUCAUGAACGGGGGAAAAACGGAACACUGUUGUGGGUUAUUAGCGUUUUAACAAACCAGAGUGAUGGAUUUGAGUGUUUUAUGAGUGUCCUGAAUGCAGCGUGGGUGGACAUGCUACGUUGUGAUGGCACGCAGACUUCUCUGAAAUGUCUUCCCCAGAGAUUUUGACACGCUAUUCAUCAUGCCCCCCUAUCCCCGUACGUCACACGCUGACUGUUUCGCUGUGGAGAUGAAGUAGAGUCGAGUUUGCGCUGCAGGAGCUCAGGUUUGUUUUUAUGUUGAGCAACAGUCUGCUGAGUGAGGUCUCUACUUACAGAGCUGAGGUGCUCCGCAGAGUAUUAACAGAGUUUUUAUGUAACUAAAGUGAAGAGGAGACGAUCACAGGGGGAUCAAAUUUGGCCGCGGUAGAAAAGAGGAUAAAUGUGAGUCUUGUGUCUGUGAGCGGGACUUAAUGAUCGACACUGACAGCCCAUAUUCAGUCAGAAUCAACAGAACACAGUCAGCACUUCCUCCUUGUUUGCCUCGCUCACUUCCUCUUCUGGCUUUUCACAGCGCAUACAGCCGAGACAUUUUCUGACCUCAGAGUUGACAGCGACCUGUACAGAAAUGAGCAAGCUUUUAUGGAAAAUGUUGCUUUCAGCCCAAGUGCAAAAAGCUUUCCUUUCUAGCUGUUGAGCAAAAAAAAAAAAGGAGUGACUAAAGCACAGAGCACUCUAAUCCCGAGCAGAUUACUCUGUGAAAUGGCUCACUUUUGUUUUCCCGGAGUAAAACCUGAAACAAUUAGUUGAUUAAUCUUUGAAUUAAUUGAAAAGGAAUUAGUUUGCAAGUCUUUCAAUAAUGGAUUCAGUCAUUACUAAACCAAAAAUAACACAUGCUGGCUCCACCCGCUCGAACGCAAUCGUCUCUGAUUUCCUCUUUUCACAUCAUUUGAAUAAGAUUCACAAUAUCUUCCUGAAUUUGUGAUGUUAGGAUGCUGUGACCUGAUAUUUGUAGAGUUUGUUGGCCGUCACUGUCGUCCCUCAGUAUAAAGAUCAACCAUGAAGGUGUAGGCCAAUGUUUUUUAGAGUGUGUUGCCCCGACUCCCUUUUUCACUUUUAACACAGCUGCUUUUCUGUAGUUUAUUUAUGGCCGGUUAAAAAAACCAUCAGUGUGUGUUAAUCAUUACAUGAUGUACAGCCCCUGCUCCGAGUGAUACAGUGAAGGAUUUGAUCAGCGUGUUCUCAGUAAAGCCUUUUAACCAUGUCCACCACCACGGAUCUGAGUGGACCUCACUGUGUGAUGGUCUUCCUGGGCUGCUCUGCCUUUGUAUCCUGACCACUGGUAACAGGAAGUUGUGGGCUUAUGUGUUGCAGGGUAACACAACGGCACUGUGAGACAGGCUUACACUGCAGAAAGAAAUGACCUAUGUUUUUAUACUAGCUGCUGUAAGAGAGGGUUUAGUUACAUCGAAUAACUCAGUAAAAGGAUCUCAAAUAAGUUUAACGCCAUUCUGAUGCCAAACAGAGAGUAAGGAUACAGUCUGGUUAGUAUUUGCCUUUGCAGCAGUCAUUAUUGAUCCAACAUUGUCUUCAUUUCUCCGAUUUCACCCACAUUUUCAUCUGCAUUUAGGCUACUUUGGAGAGAUAUCACACAGAGCUGUAAGGAAGAUUAAUCAACAUUUUAAAAACUUAAAAAAACUUAACAUUAAAACUGAGUUCGCCUUUGUUGUCCCCCUGGCCAGAUGUCUGCUGUUUUUACAGUGGAAAUCCCCAACACUCCAUGCAAAUGCAUUAUGGAUAAAAUAAUGCAGUAACUUGGCGAAACUAGAGAGAAUAGAAGGAUUCAAAUGAACUGUGAUCAGUAGAACUGAAAUCAACCAAAGAAAUUUUCAGGUCUGACGGCAAACCCUUCAGCGGCAGGGGAUGACAUGGCUCGGCUGGGUGAAAAUACACUGAUAUCAGCAAAAGCAAAUUAAAUACACAAGGCUAAAAUAUAAAUAUUCAGCAAGCCACUGUACACGAUAUUUUUUCUCGUAGGAUGGUAUGGGAAGGUCCCGCCUCCUCCGCCUCUGAUUGGCUGGAAAAGCUGGAAACGUAAUCACAUGCUCAAGCCAAACGCGGGCUGUUGGCUCUGUACACCGAACAGAACAUUACAGAACAUUAUCCCACUUCUAAGUCUCUCAACCCUAACCCAAACUCUAACCCUAACCUGACAGAUGCUAAUGUUCCACAGCUAUAGGUAAUAACCAAUUGGAGCCCAGCACUUCUAGCCAAUCAGAGGCGAAUGAGGGCGGGACCUUCCCCUACCAUCCUACAAAAAAUUUUGCCCACCGGACAUUGAUUAACAUGGACACUCUUCAAUCAUCAUGUCUCCUGCCGGUCUCCUUUGGGUUGGGUGAAUCCAAAAUGGUGAAAAUGGGGGGGGGGGGGGGGUGUUCUGAGACAGGCUGUUGUCUGUAAAAUGGAAGUGCUCUGAAAACACUCCCAUCAGCCUUUGGUACCUUCCUCCUGAUGACAUUAACCAUAGAAUGUAAAUUGAUGCGUCAAAAAAAUCGAGUCGACCAAUCAGAAUUUAGCCCUAGUGAUCAGUCUCUGAAGAAGAUUUUGUGGGAUGUGAGACCAUUUUUUCAAAUAUGUAAAAGAGCCGGACCUUCAAGAAAUCCAUGAAUAGCUGUUUAAUUGUUCUACUGACUGACUUUGAAUGCAUGUAACAUAAGAUGUGUGCAUUUGUGUGUGUGUCUGCAUUUGUGCAUGUUUGAUUUUGAUUUGGCGACACACAUCUCAUUUGGUUUCUACCUACAUUUGACCUUUAUUGUUGCAUUAAUGCUCUGUGAUAUAAAAGCUGCUGCCCUGAAUCCACUGAAACAGAAGUCGUAGUCUUGUACACAUUAAAACCAACAGUUCAAUGCACGCAUCAUUCAGUCUUAUAUUUCACUUUAAGUGUUACCACUCUCAGGUUACAGAUUGAUAAAUGUGCGUACAGUUUAGGUGUUGAUCGUUUGCUAAAUGCUUAUCUAUACUGAUGAAUAUUGGGUGUGUUUCGACAAGUUAUAGUUCCUUUUAUUUGAUUACAUAUUCAGAAAUACUUGGGUGUAAAAGUGUCUUUCCUCUGGGUUGGGCAGCCUCUAAGAGCUGCUGUGUGUCCUGAUCACCCGUUUGUUCCUCAUACUCCGAUCACAUUUAGUUUGUACUUUCUCUCCAAGACCAGAAGAUUGGAGCGUGGAAUUUUUUGUGUGUUCAUUUUGCAGCCGGUUUACAGUGAAGCGCUUUUGACCCAUCAAUGAUUGAUGCAGUCAGCCUGUGUAGACAGAGAACAACUUGUCAUUGUGUGGUUCAGCACCUCUGGUAUUUGCAAAUGUCAUUUGCACCCAUACCUAUUUUGGUUCACUGAGGGAGGCCUGCCCUAAAAUAUGACUUCCUAUUUUCUGAAAAGGUACUUGACAUGGACGUAUCACAAAGGUCUACCUCUGACAGCGCCGCUCUCCACUUUGACUAUCUAAAAAAACAUCUUAUCACUGUGGGUACAGAGCUGUAGGAAGAAGUCUGGUAGCAGAAUUAUUGGAUGGAGCCAUGGCAGUAUGGAGUGAAAUGGAUGACAGGUGAAAGUUAGCAUGAAUAUCUGUCCUUUCAGUUUGAUAUGCAGCUUCUGAGCUCAUUUUGGUUUAGUAGCUAAGCUGCCACCCACCAUUUUUGUAAAAACAAAAACACAACUUAAGGUUUUAUGUUGUUACCUCCGCCAAGGAGGUUAUGUUUUUUGGUGGCGUUGAUUUGUUUGUUUGUCUGUUAGUAACUUUACGGAGAAAGUUACAGACGGAUUGACCUGAAAUUUUCACCAGAGGUGCGUCUCAGCCCCAGGAGAAUCCCAUUACAUUUUGGUGGUGAUCCGGAUCGCCUUCUGGAUCCAGGAAUUUUUUGAAGGAUUCUUUAUCAUUGUGAGAUAGGGCAAAUUUUGGAAUUUUUGCAUUUGACUCUAUAAAAAUGCUCAGAGUGUUUAGUAAAAAAUUACACAAAGGGAUCUCAAUGAGUUUUAUGAGGUGUCAAAGGUUGAUCCUGAUCCAGACAAAAUUCCGGAUACUGUGAUCCAGAACACACAAAAAUAAGGGUGUCGUUGGAAUUUUCAAUGCUGAAAUAUAACCAAUGAAGAUACAAGGAAGUGUCCGCUUACAAAUAUAGCAUAAUAAAUCAUGCAUUUAUGUGUCUAAUAUGAGCUUUGUUGUUUUAGGAACAUUAUGAACAGUGAACAUACCAGUUUAAACACAAAUAAAAGUUAAUAAAAGACACGUAACAGUAAAAGUUUUGGUGUGAAUCACAAUAUAAGGCUUGGCGGAGGUCUGCGCUCUCCGAGUGCUUUUCUAGUUACAAAUGAAACUUGUUGAUUGAUACGAAAGCUAGUAUGUUUUUGUCAAAGGCACCAAGUUUAAUCAGUUUCAUAUGUUCAAACUAUCUAAAUGAGAGAAUAUUAUUUAAUUUAUGUACAAAACACUUCAUAACUGCACUAAAGAGAAGAACAAAGUAUUUGAUAUUAACAAAAGCAUUCAUAAUGCAGUUACAUAUGGCUUUCCUCUGCUGCUUUUGCUCUCUCAUUCAUCUAAGAGUGCGACAUUUUUGACUCAUAUCUUUGCAAAAAAAAAAGAGGAAUUAAGAGAAGAGAAAGUUUCAUUCCUCUCGGUACCACCGCAGCAGGGAGUCCUCACGGCUUUGAUUGUGAUAGAUUUGGGCGUAAAGUUAAAAAAAAAAAAAAAGCUUUUAGCGGCGAGCCUCGCAGCCAAACUCUUCUCAGAGCAGGGAAUGGAAAACACAGUUCACACUUAAGGCUGCGGGUGUUUCAGCUUCAAUUACACUUGCCAACUCUUGUAGCUGGAGGCUCAGUGAGCAGAUAUACGCACAUACACAGACACACAAAAUAUCAGAGCAUCAUGGUUAUUUAUGUCACCGUGGUAUCUGUGAGCAGACGACUCAUGUAGUCCUCACACUAUUAUAUUAUGGUGAUCAGCAUGACGCAACCUACUAGCUUGUCCGCCCUGCAGGGAACAACAAGAAAUCGCUGUUUAUGCACAUAGAGAUAAAUGAGCUCAGAUAUGCACUAAGAUACGGCUGUUCAACCGUGCAGAUUAGCCUAAAACUGAACUGAUUGCUUUUGUUUUUGUCGCUGACUUAAUUUCUCUGGAACAAUAAUCUGUGGAGAUAAACGCUUGCUUUGGAGAGAUUUAAUUCAAGUCCAUAUUUGGAGAAAUUCAUGUGGAUCCUGCACAGGUGCACACUAACUAAAAGAUCUCAAAAGUCAGAGUAAAGCAGCACUUCGGCAGUCUGGUGGUGGUGUGUGUGUGUGUGUGUGUGUGUGUGUGUGUGUGUGUGUGUGUGUGUGUGUGUGUGUGUGUGUGUGUGUGUGUGUGUGUGUGUGUGUGUGUGUGUGUGUGUGUGUGUUUGUGUUGUGCGCCGUCAUGGCUGUUUCCUCAUGCAGUUUUGGAGUGAAGCCAGUUCUGGAGAGUUAAAUUUAAAAAGUGAUGACUACAGAAAAACCGUGAGCCAGAAUUUCAGCCACACACUCCGCUGUGUUUCCUCCUCCAACGUCUACAUGUAUGUAUUAUUUUGCAUUGCUCACCACAUCAUUUGAUUCAGUGUCCAAAAUAAAAUUGAGCAUGACUUGUAUGAAACAAGCCCUGCCUCAAACUCGGAUCAUAUCUUUGUGAUAUUAAGAAACGCAAAAGUAGAUUUAAAGCCUGUAAAUGUCCCUACAAAUGCAAUGAUAUCAGAAAGGUUUGAGCGGUUUGAUUACUCACAACCAAGGAGGUUUUCUUUUUCACUAACCGUGUAGUUUUUUCUAUCUUCUAGUUCUUGUUCAGCUGAGGAAGAGCACGCAGAAUCCCUGUGUUCUGGAGCGAAAAGAAAACUUACUUUGAUUCAUCCACUCAGUGUGCGUCUGUCAUCUUCCACAUGGCAUAUCAGACUUCAUAAGACUGCCAGAGUAACACGAUCCAGGCCUGUGAUGGAGACUACACUGUCAGUGCUUUGCAUACGACAGGAACACGUAACAGAUAAAAGUCAAACUUGUGGUACCGACAUGGUGGAAGUUUCAUUGUGUGACCUGUAGCAACUACACAAUCCCUUUAAAUCCUUUAUCAAUCAUUUAUUCAGUUCACUCGUCUGUUUUAAAACUGAUGUACUGUAUAUACCAGUUUUAAAACUCUAAACAGAGUUGUUCGUUUAUUAACAUGUUUUUUCCUCUUCAGUUUAUUGCCCAGUAGCUUGGAGAAAAUCUUUAGUUUAUUUGUUUAUUCGAACAGAUUAAAAGUAAAACAAAAUAAAUACAAUAUACAAUGUACCGAUUAUUAGGGGGGGAAAAAACACGAUUACUGAUUAAUCGGCCAAUUUUUAAAAAAAUUUUAUGAAGUUCUAAAAUUUUGUAAAUCUAAUAAUACAUCUACAUAUUUACUUUUUUUUAAAUAAAUGGCUGCUUUUUAGCCUUUCAAACACUUGUUCAAAGAGUUAAAGGCAGAAAACUCAUUUCAAAUCCUUUUUAUUGCUAAAACAACCAACAAAGAAUGAGGUAUUUUGUGUAUAGUGCAAACAGUUUCAACUGCUAAGUGAACCACUAAGUUUCGAAGUGAAACCAAAUUUUAUUCUCAGCAUUUUAUUUUUAAAAAUAUUGGCGACAGUCGGCGAGUUUUGGCCGAUUACUGAUUAGUCUCAAACGGGCUAAAAUUAGCCCUAAUAUAAUGUGCUAAUAUAAUGUGCUUUUGCAGAAAAACAAUUAAAGAGACAGCUCUGUAGAAACAUAGAUACUCAUACUUUGUUCGAAAGGGUUAAGGAUGAAGUUGAUAAAACUCAUCUACCCCUUUAUUGUUGUCUUACUAUAAUUUAAUCAGUCAGAGCGUGUGUAGGAAUAACAGCACAGAAGAGAGAAAAUAUAUCAGAUAAAAAGGCACGUUGCCCAUGGUUAUAAAUUCAUGUUUCAGUUUCUCUCUUGUAUCCACUCAGAAUGUGGUUCAUAGAAAUAAGUUUGAACUUGCUCAGUGAUCCUCAGGUUUUCAUGUCUUUGCUGCAGCUGUUCCUCAAAUCACCUCUGUGACUGAUAUACAGAGGAUUUUUGUGUUCGUACGUACAGGUCGUUUUUUAAAAAUGCAUAUUCCCCUGAGAUUAUGUUUGUUUUCUCUUAUUUGAAACAAACAAAACAAACAAAAUCUUAAAGUUAUGUGAAGAUCAAAUCUAGAGUGGGAGUGAUCCAAGUGGGAGAAAAGGGUCGUUCUUUUCCUGAUCUCUAAGUGUCCUCAAGAAACUUUUUCACUCCACCGUAGUUUACUGUCUACACUAUUGAAAAAGACUUUUCGUAGCUGUGUUUCAGGGUUCAGUGCGUGUUUGAUCUGGUUUUUCCCUUUAAGCCUUGAGCAGAAAAGAUAAUACAGCUGCAUGAUGAUAUUACAGCUACUUGUGACUCUUGCCAAUCCAGACAGGCUCUCUUUCUGUAAGCUUGACCCCGGCUGGCUGUGCUGCGGUGUAUUAGCGCAGUGCGGUGCUGGCUGGCUAGCUGCGCUACUUUAUCACAGCCAGCAGGAAACAGGAAGGGAGCAGCCAGCUGCAAGGUCAGAGGUCAAUCUAUAGCAUGAGGGGGAUGGUGGACAAAAACCCAGUGUUUCAGAAAAGAGGUUUGGCAUGUUUUCCGUGGUCGCGGUUAAGAAGGAGUACGAGGAAGGGAGAGGAAACACUCCAGAUACGUGUCAAUCCUGAGCAGAUCAGCAAACAACUCUCCGCUCGUCUAAAGCCCACUGAGUCUGCAUUGUCUGGGUUGGCACAGGAGCUUAAAUAGCAGCAACAGUUGUACGAGCACUGGCUACUGCCCAGGUCACACACACACACACACACACUCACACACACACGCAUAAACACUCUGGGGACAGAGCUGGUAUUGUAGGAUGGAGAGGGACAUGCAAAACUGGUGAUAGAAAGAUGCUAAACAUGCUAGACCAGCUUUCAUUGCUUUGUAGGAAAAGAGACGUAAAUCUUACUGUGAAAGUCUCUAAUUUAUCUUCGGCCUCCUCUGUUGAAUUUCCUUAUAUCACACAAUCACAGAGACACAACAAAGUCUCUUUCAUUGUGCAGAUCUCGUGCCAGAGACAGCUGUGCCACCCUGGGAGCUUCAUGCCAGUCUGACCAGUGUUCACUUCCACACUCAAUCUUUCUCUCUGUCUCUGAUACCAUACGGAUGUCUGCGUGUAACGUAAUGUGCAGCAGAACAAUCUCGACCUGAGCCGCCUCUGAACAAGUAUGUGCGCAAUCACACGUUUGGGGAUUUUUUGACAGAGAACUGCAUACUCCAAUACACAAGAAGCUUCCUGUGUUUUUGCAGGUGUGAUGGCUGUCCAUUUUUGCAUCGACAGCUCCUCCUCCUCCUCAGUGUGUCAAACUACACAGGUUUAUCACCGAGGUUUUUUGUGUGUUUCAUGCAGAAGCCAAGGCCGGAGGCGGACAGUUUUCAGGCGGCCCCCUUUUCUUUGUUUUUUACCGAGAAUAAGUCAUAAAAAAAGGCUGAAGAUAAAAGACCAAAAAAUGAAAUGUUUUUGAAAGUAAGUUUUAUGCUGCUGAACAAUAUUUGAUCUUAAUGUGUUACAGGAUAAAAUGAUAAAGUGACACGAGAGGAGCAGUAAUAUUAUAAUGUCCUGGAAACGUUUCCUGUUUAUUCUCCUCUUCCUGUUGUAGUUAAUGCGACACCUUUAGGCGAUGUCUUACAUCCAUGAGCCUGUCUACUGGGCAGACAUAUUCAAAUUAGGUCUAGUCUGUGUUUACAACAACCUUAUGUGUGCACACAGUGUUGUGUCAUCAACAUGAGCUAAUAAGAAGGAAGCUAACAACAGCGGCUCUACAGUUAGAAGACAUUUCAUUUCAGUGUAACUCUGAAUACAACUCGUAGUACGUGCAAAGCUUGUGUUUCAAGAGACGGCGGUGGCGUACCAAAUAUAGAAACGACGCCGAUUGAAGCAAUUCAAGCAUUGAAAGAGUCAUCGUAUCAACCACACAAAGUUAUUAAUGUUAUCAGCCAGCUGUUCUGCAUAUAAGUGAGAAACUUAUUCGUGAUGGUUUGAAAGUGAGAAAAAUAACUGAGAGGGUUAAUAGUUCUGGAUGACGAACACCUGCGUCUCACUGAAAGCGAUAGACUCCUGCCUGGUUGAACCGCAGCAACACAAGAACAAGACAAACACAUGACAACUUUAGAUGAUAUUACUGGGAUGAUCCUCUUCGCAGAUAUCUGGAGCUCUGAUGUUUACCUGCCAGUACACUGGUUGGACAUAAGUGACAUGACACACAGUGCAGCGCUACAAGCUAACACACACAUUUGUGACUUAAUACAGACUGACAUGAAGGAAAUAAUUGACCAGUAGCAUAAUCUGUUGGGUAGAGUGCAUGUCAGUGUGUUUGCAAUGUUGCGUGACAUGAUGUAACUAAAUGUUUUUCUCAUUUUGUGUAUUUUUAAAUGUAUUUUAGUUUGAAUUUUAUCAUAUAAAGUUUGAAAUUUAUCAUGUUUACUUAUUUUGUUUUGUUUGACAAAGUUAGAAAAGCUGUCACAACUUGAUUCCCAGUCUUAUCCUGGCAUAAGUUAUCAAAGUUUUUUUUUAAUCUGCCGUUUGGCCUGUAAAAAGAUAAGCAAAAUCCAGUUCCCUUCAGGUUAGGGCUCGGCGAUAAACUGAAAAUUUAUAGACACCAAAAUUUACGACAAUAACCGAUGUCAUUUUGCCCAUAUCGGUAUAUUCGGUGUUUAUGAAUAAAUAAAAGUUGGUUUUGGAUGUGUGUACGUAGGCUAUGGUCUCAUGUCCCUUUCCAGUCCAUAACAAAGAGAGAAAGACAGGUGAGGAGAUUGAGCACGGUUCAAAAGUUGGAGCGGCGGCUGAAGUAGACGAAGUUAAUGUGGGAGGGGGUGAGCAGCUUGAGUAGUUAUCAUCUAUUUAUCCUUAUCAAGGUGAACUGCUCAAUAUAUCGUGAUAUUGAUUUGAGGCUGUAUCACCCAGCCCUACUUUAGGUCAUAAUAUCUCAGUAAGAAGGAAGCCCAUGGAAAAUGUGGCCCAUAAGUGAAGCUUUCAAACAAAUCAUUAGAUUUUGUUCGUGAAUUAGAAAUAAGUUUAACUGUGAAUUUGAAGAUUUCAUGAGAUUGAAGGUUUAAAAGUGACCUCACUAUGGAUGUUUGAAGUUGAGAGACGAGGGAGUGAAUAAAUGGAUUCAUAAGCGGUAAGCCAACCUACAUGUGGAAAUGAAAGCUUUCUGUGAGGAGGGAUUAAAUCCAUGCAGGAACUGGAAAGAGCGGAUAACUGUCUUCUUGUGAUUACGUCGCAGAUGCAAGUGGAGCAGGAGCUGAGGUUGUAGUAACUUUGAUGAAAGCGGCGAGUAGAGAGAGGCUGACAGCAGAAUGGAUGAGACUGCAGCUUUAAGGCUCAGUAGGCCAGUGGGGUUAGGAGGCAGGAGAAACAGAGGAGGACCUCCUGCUGAGAUGCUUACUGCUGAAUAAAGACACAGACAUGCGGUGUCACAAAUGGCUGCCUUCCCUGAGAUGACACUAAAAAGAAAAGACGUUCCCGACUGCGUCUGCACGAGCUCCUCGGGGAGUACUUGAAGGUCUCAUUUUCCACAUUGCAUCACUGAUGAGGGGUGGCCCCGACUUCAAAGACAUGCAGUCUCUACAUCUGGCUUCAAGUCUUACGCUGUAGAUUUGAAGUGGGCAGAGCAGUUCAAAAGAUUAGAUACCCGGCGAGGAGAGUGUUCACUGUUUGAGGAUCAUUUACUGCUGAGAGGGUAUAAAUAAAACGCUUUAUGGCAGCUUGCGAGCGCUGCAUUUUCUCUUUCAGAUCCUUGUCUCCUCCCUCCGAAGUAAACUAUCAUCCUAACAAGGGCCUGUCUAUUUUGGCAGCUUCUCAACGUACACUAAUCUUAUUCAUCCAUCUUCAGUGACUGUCCUCCUUCCUCAUUCACCCUCUCUCCACUCACAGGCUGUGUAGUGUAGUGUGGGGCAGCUGCAGUGUAGCAAUGCUUUCAUUGCUGUCUCUCUCGUGCAUGUCAAUUCAGCCUGCCCAACAGCUAAGCACAAUCUCCCUCUGUGUCGCCUCAUAAAUCACGGCUUUCUCAGCAUAAUACUUGUUAUGCUGUGACGGGGUGCAGGGGUAUGGUGACAGUGAGCAAAAAUCUGACCAUUUCCUGGUGCUGUUUUCUGACCUCCCCCUCACAUUUUCUGUCUUCUUCAGUCCUGGUACUUCAUGAGUACGACUGUGAACUGCCCUUCAUGACAGGAAUCAGAUCUUCACACAAGCUUGUCUUUUCUCUCAUAUCUCUUUCUCUUUGCGUGCGGAUGUGAGCACUGCUGUGUUGCCUCUCUGGCCCGGUGGCAAUUUCUGUGUUGUGGAAGCAGCUAGGGACGGUUCUCAGUGGGAGAAAAACACAAAGCAGAAACAUGGCCUUGAGAAAAAAAUGAAACUCUUUUUCUGCUAUAGCCUUGUAAAGACGUCAGACUUGUAAUCAUCCGCACUUUUUUUUACUUAUUUUAAUUAUCUUACAUUGAAAAUAGCUGGUAAACGUUUGGUAAACAAGGCAAAGAAACUGUAUCUGGUGUGGAGGUCAAGGGAAUUUCUAUCACCUCAACUUCACUCAAGAAAUACAGAAAAAACUGAGUCCAUGAAACACGUGACACUUGUUUGCCUGGAAGCACUUUUCGGGAGACUAUUUCAGCCUGCCUGUCAACCUCAUCACAUCACUGCAUUUCUUUUUUAAUUGCCACAGAUGGCUGAGCAAAAUAGAGAGCUGAACAUGUGACUUUAAACUGCUAAUGUAGAAUAGAAUAGAGAAUAGAAUAUUGCUUUAUUGAUCCGCCACAGGGGAAAUUUUUUUGUCACAGCAGCAUCACAGACAAAGUGCUAAAAUGUUGUUAUAAAAAAUAAAGAACUUAAAUAAAUGUAAUAAUUAAGAAAAAAUUUAGAAAAAGGGAGAAGGGAGAAGAAAAAUAAAAUUCUAUACAGUAUACACAAUUUAAAUGCCAGAAAAAAGUGGUGGUGUGAGUCCAAUCCUAGGAAAAUUGAGAGUUAAUGCACAAGAGAAAAACUUGGUCAUUCAUCAAUUCACUUUGCAAGUUUCUUUACCUUGAUACAGCUCAUCAGAUGCAGAAUUAAUGAGAACAAACUUUCGUUGAACUGCAUUUGUGUUGAAUGACACUUUGACCACAGUGCAUUAGUCCAAGCAUGAAUUCUCACAUACGCCUUUCUGCUAUUUUCACAGGCGAAACCUCACCAAACUGUCGUUGAUCUUCAGCCACAUGCUGGCCGAGCUGAAGGCCAUCUUUCCCAACGGUCUGUUUCAGGGUGACAACUUCCGCAUCACCAAGGCUGACGCUGCAGAGUUCUGGAGACGCGCCUUCGGGGACAAGUGAGCCUGAACACAUGGAACUAUUCAUGCACAAAAUGUCGUUUAUAUUAUAUUAUAUCACCUCGGUGGUUUCAGUCUGGGGUCAUGGAUCCUCACAAGGUCUCCUGGAGUGUUCAAAGAGUGUACUAAGAGUUAGAAAAUAUGUUCAAUUGACGUCUCUAACAUCUCUUCUCUAACAAUGCUGUGCUUUCUGAAUACUGAAGGCCUUGAAUUGUGAAUUUAUUACGCAUAUGAUUACACAAAUCUGAGGCUUUCAGUCUCCAGGUGCACGCAUAAAAGUGUAGACAGAAAAUAUUUCUAUGAUUCUGCAGCUACAAGAACAUUUUAACGGCAGCUCUUUCCCAUUACUGCGUGACACUUAAUUACUCACCCCCAUCUAUCAGAUAAAUGCGUGCUCUGUGCACAUUAAACCUCGAGCAGGAACUAACUCAAGAUAUCAGCACGGUUUGAGAAAGUGCUGCAUUUAGCAGAUGCUGCUUCAAGGUCAUCGAUAAUAAUAAAUGCAGUUCAGAUCUGUUUUGAAGAUUAGCUAUGGUGCAACGAAGAGGCAUGCAAAACCAACAGAAACCCUAAAAUUAGGUUCAAAUCCGCCACUGUGGUUUUUCGUGUGUUUCACAGAACUAUUGUGCCUUGGAAGAUGUUCCGCCAGUCUCUCCACGAGUUUCAUCCCAUCAGCUCCGGACUGGAGGCCAUGGCUCUGAAGUCCACCAUAGACCUCACCUGCAACGACUACAUCUCAGUCUUUGAGUUUGACAUCUUUACAAGGCUAUUUCAGGUAAGAACCACACAGACAGACACACACGCACACAUAUAGACUCUUUGAAACAAGUUGUCAGAUGACCUAAGAAAGAAUAGGGUAAAGGAGAAAGCAGCUGCUGACUUAUUCACACCUUCUGCUAAACUUUCUUCUACUUUGCUCCGUGUUUUGCACCUACUAUAUCAUCCUCUAUCUCCGACGUUAGAAGUGUAUGUUUUUUUGUUUAUAUUUUUAGUAUUCUCUCUUCAUUUUACAAACUCACCUUGGGUUAUACUUCAAUACACAACCAGGAAAAGAAUUUAUAAAAUAGUUUCAGCUGUGUCUCAGUUCGAGUCAUUUCACUUUACCAAAUUCAGACUUGACUCACUUGAACUGCUGCUCAUGUGGAGGCAGUAGCGGUGAGGUAAAGGCCCCGUCUGAACAACCAUUUCUACAUCUUGGCAUACAGACACAGAUACAAGAACUUUAUUGAUCCCCAAAGGGAAAUUCAAUAAUGCAUUGGAGGUACCCAGAAAUUGUUGUCAUGAUUUAUUAAAUAGGCGGUGCAGGUGCCACACUGCAAUUUUAAAUCCUUUUUAAAUAGGAUGAAACAGCAAGAAAGAAAGUGCUCCAGGGAGAAGCAGGGUGGAGGAAUCAGGUUCACUUUACUGCACUUGAGUUGACAUAUUUUUAAAUAAAAACCUCUGACAUGUUUCACAUCUCAUAUAUGAAUAAAACCUGCUCUGUUUAGAUUUGAAUUCUCGUCCAUCGUACUUUCACAAAGUAUUAGAUGACCUCCAUUUCUCUAGUGACAUUAUCCCAGCAACUUAUUUGAUGAACAGAGACAAGCUUAAUAAAGCCUAAACAGAUUACAGAAGUUUUUUUUUGACACUGUCUCAUACAGAAAAAGACCUCCUCUAAAUGCCCUCAAACUUAGAAGAGGAAGUAAGCCUGUGUCCAUUUUGAGCUCUGGUCUGACUUUCUGUAAACUGAACACGAGAUACUAUUCCUCAUUACAGUUGAAAGCUCUUAAAAUAUUUCAGACUCUUAAGGCGGGCAAAUUUCAUUUCUGUUUCAAAAUCAAAUAACUACCUUAUCAAUCGUUGCUCUGGGAAGCUGAUAUCAGACAUAUCAGAUGAAUUUACUAACUCAAAAUAUAAAGCCGACCUCAUCUCUGUAGACUUUUGCAUCAGAGACUAAAUGCUCUUGUGAAUCAAUAACUUCAUUGAUAAAAUUUGAAGUAAACCAUGUGGCUCUGCAGGAAACACUACAGGGAAAUACCAACUCAGUUUCUCAAUUCUGCAUCCUAAAUCUGAACGACAUAUUACACUUUGAACUAUGAAAAAUGAAAGAAAAAUUGAUGGAGGACAAAAGUUCUUCAGAUUCUGGACUUUUGAAUGUAAAAUUUUGCAUAAAGAGUCUUUGCAAGUUACACAAGAUAUUCAGCUUUUAUGUAGAUUAUGUGAGUACAGAAAUAAAAAUGAGUCCAUUGAAGGAAACUCUCGAAAUAGCUCGAAGGAAGAGCGCCGUGACCACAGCAGAGGUUAGCAUGGUGCGAGCGGCUCAACUGUGACUUAGCAUACGGAUACAGUAAUCAAGGCUGAAGGGCCCUCGAUGCUUGGCUGCACACAAGAGGCUGUUGUUAAUAUUAACAGAUACACGAGCUUUGACCAAAAACAAGACUUGUGCUGUGAACAGGACGGUUUAUAAGAAGAACAGGUGAUUGUUUUUUUCUCUGCUGAUCGGUGACUGAGCAGAGACAGUACAUUAUUGAUUUCACUCACCUGUGAUCAUGACUGUUUAUCUUAUUCUGCAGCCCUUUAUUUCUAUGAAGCUUGAGAGGCUUUUAAUUCAGCUGAUUAAUUAGCUAAGCAGUCACCAUGACUACAAUUAUCUAUGAAGUUGACUUGUUAUUACUUCAUAUGGCAACACUGACAGUAAAAAUGAAUUUCACACAGAAUACGCAGUAAUUUUAUGUUAUCUGUAGAAUUUUGUCCUUAUUUACCCCAAACAAAGAUGCAUUGAACAUUUAAAAUCCUAAAAUUGCUGACAUCAUGCUUUGAGCAACAAGGAUGAAGCCACAGGGAGGAGAGUCCUCAUUUGUGUUGUCAUGAAAUACAAAGUGAGUUUAAAAUCAUUCUUUGUAAUCUUUAUUUACUUGAUAAAUUCAUAACAAAUGUCAUCUCAAGACACUUUGAGUUGAUUUAGACCAUAUUCGUUAUUGUGUUUUUGAAGACCCAACAUCAAGACAAGUGAAGAUUCGGUCUUAUGACUCGUCAUGUAAAUAGUCAUGCUUUGCUUACUUACUUUCAGUCUUGUUUGCAUCAGAUUUACUUCCUUUAAUACACCAGACGGACUGACGAGAGCGAUUGCGUAACCCCCCACUGUCACUCCCGGUCAGCUAUCUGAAUUAUGUUUCUAUUUUCCCCCCUAAUGUGUUGCAAAGCUUCACUUGAUGACCUGUUCUCAAACUCAGGAAAUUAAAACCCUGUGAAGUUGACUUUUGCCUCCUUUUAUAUACAGUAUGUUUAGCAGUCUGCUGGUGUUCAUUUGACCGUCCUCAUUCUGCGGCUCCAGAUGGUGCCAAAUGAGCUGCAUGCCUUAUUAAGUGUUGCGAAUUUAGCUUAAAGACCACUUUCAUUGCUUGACCCCCGAUGACAUGGCCAUGAUAAAUCACACUGAAGCACAGCAGACGCCUGUGCUAGCGUCAUCCAUGAUGCAGUAUAUUUCUCCAUUACUCUGCUCAUGCCAUUAUUGCUGUGUCCAUUGACUCACACAUCAGAUGAGUCACUCUCUCUUUUUUUCUUCUGUGUGUGUGUGUAGCCUUGGUCGUCCCUGCUGCGGAACUGGAACAGCUUGGCAGUUACUCACCCGGGGUACAUGGCCUUUCUCACCUAUGAUGAGGUCAAAGCACGGUUACAGAAGUUCAUCCACAAGCCUGGCAGGUGAGACAGAGACGUGUCCGUGAACACACACGCACACAAUUUCAACACAGAACCACGCUAUUCAGAAAUGUUGCUCAGCCGUCAUACUGUCUUAGAAUGUUUGUAUAUCAGUCAUCAGCUCCUAUUUGCACAUUUUGGCAGUUUAUCGAAUGUUUAUUAUUUCCACUGAGGCACACCAUGCCACCAUGUCGAUGCGUUUCAAAAGCCAACUGAACGGUUGAGUUUUCUAGCAGAAAAGACGCUUUUAAGUGUCAAUGUACCUUUAAAUAAAACCAUGAAGUGACUCAUAAACUGACAAACUAUAAUUACUGAUAAUACCACUUUUACCCUACACUUACACCGCAGUAUGAGCGCGCUUGUGUGUGAAGGACCCAGGGCAGCGUGGCACUGGUACCUAGCAUCAAUAGCCUAAUUGUAUACUGAAGGCUGAUGUCAGUCUUUGGCCUGGUGUGUGUGGGGCAAAAUCAACAUCCAAGCUCUUCUUGGUCAACCUAAGCGAAGAGUUCUGACACUAUGACACACAGCUUACUGUCAGAAGUGUCAUGUUUAUAAUACAGCAGACACAGCAGCUGUUCCAUUUCUGAGCUGUACACUCACUGUGGCCAUCCCUUACACCACUUUUUUUUCCACUUGUGCAGCAGCUCCGAAUGCAAUCCUUUGUCUGAAAAUCCUAAUACAUGCAUCCCAGGAUGGAUUAGUGUAAUGCCCUUUUUUGGCCUUGCUCAGUCACAUACCAGUGGUCUGCAGCUUUACCACAGAGCUUCAGAUGGAGGAAUCACUGAAACAGGAUUUUUUUACAGCUUAAAAAAUUCAAUUUGGUCAGUUUUUAAUAAAAAUGUGUCCAAAUUAACUUUAAAAAAUAAUGGAAAUACCACAAAGUUGUCGUGUGUAGCUUCUUUGUCUUUUCUGACAACAAAUCACCUCACCUAAUGUUGCUGUAGAAGUCCCACCUGUCUCCAUCACAGGGUUGUGCUUCAAGUUAUCUUGUCUAAAGGUUUUCUUAAAUUGAUCAGUGUAAUUCUCAGAACUGUGUGGGUCCAGACAAACAAACGUCUUUCUCUGGCUGUCUUCGUAUAAUAUUUGCGAGCUCAUUUUUAGUUUUUAUACAGAGUUACGUCUAUGUUCACUGACUCUUACACAUCUUCCUUCCAGUUUAUAAUCUCUGCAUUGUUGUCAAUCUCAACCUGUUACUUCCAUGUGUGUAUCAGCAUCAUAGCAGCCUCUCACACAUAAUAAUUUAACUCUUGAACAGAGGUCUGCCAUCACUCUGCAUUUACUCUCACAUGUCGCUCUCUAAAAUGGCAUGAUGUUGGUGUACUGGUGUGUGAUUUUACAUUACAUUACACUCGAAGCAUAGCUUGUACAUUCACAUCAGAAGAUCCGGACUCACCCACACACAUAUAUAUACACACACAGCGCUGUCAUGUCCGCCCGUCUUCAUCACUACACAUCGCCUCUUCUUCUUCUGUUAUUACGUCCAAGGCAGACUUUGCCCCGACAUCACGCCUCCGCGCAUGCAGGGGCAUAAAUAUCCUGCCUUAAAUUUGCACUAAGAGCCAAGAGUAGACAAACACCACUAAGAUUUGAUCACAUCACUCUUCUGCAUAAGCCAGUGUCUCUAUGAAAACAACCACAGCUACAAAUCUGCUAAUUUGAUCAUUAUUCACACUAUUUUGUUUCAACACUUGAUCAAUGACAGCUGACUACUUUUUCUUGUUUUUCUUCACUUAUUAAAUUUAAAUGCGCGCUGUCCAUAUGUUUCAAGUUUUUUAACAUUAUGGUGUGUCUAGUCCAAAUGUUCUGUUUUAACAUAGUUUUCUACAUUUACUUUGGUUGAAUUAAUAAUAAUAAUAACUUUAUUUUUAUAACACUUUUAAAAACAGAAGUUUACAAAGUGUCUAGACAGUCAAAAAAAACAUGUGGGGAGAAAAGACAAAUAAAAACACAAAGCUCAGUUAAAAUGGAAUUGAGGGCCAUUUUCAUAUGUCAGAUGAUCAAUUUAUUGAUGCAAAUGUUCUUGUGGUUUUUCUGCGGUCCUACAUGUGAUCAUACAAGGCAUGUUACUCAGCACACUGAAAUAGUAGAGACUCGCCUCCUUCACCUUCUUGCUCAGCAUAACCAAAAAUCAAACAAUCACGUCUUAUUUCCCAUGAUUCUUUUCGUAGUUACAUCUUCAGACUGAGUUGUACACGGCUCGGCCAGUGGGCCAUCGGCUACGUGACGGCAGAUGGAAACAUACUCCAGACCAUUCCCCACAACAAACCCCUCUUCCAGGCCCUCAUAGAUGGCUUCAGGGAAGGAUUGUAAGUCAUCUGGCAUUUUUAUUUGACACAUUCAUCUCAUUUUCUCGAGGGUUUAGCGUCAGUGUUGGACUUCUGCUCCUUGUCUCUGUGGUCGUCACUUGAUGUGGUUUUAAUAAAUAAUCUAUAAGUGAAGCUUCCUGUCUCAUACAAGGCUUCUCCUCUUUCUGCCAUCCUUCCCCUAUUUUCCUCUUUUCUACCCCAAAGCAUUAAUCCGAGUAAACUAUGCAGCUCUGCUUUGCAUCCCAUGAUUGAAUCUGCCUUUCAGCUCUAAACCAAUCCAGGCAUAUCGUAUUGCCUGCUGCCAUCGUUCAGUGUUAUCAUAAGCAGAAUAGAAAUGUUGCUUUCUAAUGUGAAGCUCAGUCAGCGGUUCAGCCGGCUGGCGUGACACUGAACCUCGUGUGCCAGCGUUGAUUCCUCUGUUUAAUGAAAGCGAUGGCUGGCUUGACUUAACCUGUAAUCAAGUUCGGGGAACUGGGAAAGCCUUUAUGCUUAAUCGCCUGCAUGUACCAAGCAUUAGUCAAACAGUAAUUAGAGCAUCUGAAUCAUUUGUGAAAUAGUCUUGUAGUGAUCACACAUCAGCUCGGGGAUGGUAUUAAAAAGAGGGUGCCAGAUUAAAGAAUGGCCCGAACAGAUGUUUUCAUUAUCACAGCCUGUUAGGUAUACAUGCAGAACAAUCACACCAACUAAUCACCAUGAUGACUUUGAAUGAUAGUGCUUCACUAAACACUCAAGGUCACAUCAAGGACAGAUGUGUAUUCACCUACAACUCUUAUUUUCCACUCUGUCUCCAGCUAUUUAUUCCCCGAUGGCCGAACUCAAAACCCAGACUUGACAGGUCUGUGCGAGCCUUCGCCUCAAGACCACAUCAAAGUUACACAGGUAAGAGCGGUGUGCUUCAUGAUAUCUUGUGCAUUUCUGUCAGUGUUUGGCAUUUUAUUUCUAAAAGUCAGAGGUCAUGAAAGAUCCUGAUUGUAUCUAGACUUUGUAAUCUUGCAUCCUAAUAAAUCUUUUUUUCUUCAAAGUCGUAGUUCAGUGGCGAAGGUAGUUGAGUAUUUUUUUCAAACUUUGUUUUAUUUCUGCUUAACACCCCACAUGUGCUUACAAAUACACAUCAUAGAAUAAUUUUGUAAUCAUUAUUUUUUUAUUAGUAUUUAUGAUAAUAAUGAUAUUGUGAUUAUUAUUAUUAUUGUUAUUUUUAUUAUUUUUUUUAUUGUUAUUAUUAUUGUUAUUAUUGUUAUCAGUAUUAUUAUUAUGAUUAUUAUCAUUACCGUAAUUAUUUUUUAUUAUUAUUAUUGUUAUUAUUAUUAUUAUUAAUAUAUAUUUUUAUUUUUUAAUCUAGUAUUUAUUUAUUUAUUUUAUUUUAUUUUAUUAUUUUUUUUUAUUUUUUUAUUGAACUUACCUUCGAGGAUAGGCAAAGUUAUUCUUGUUCUUUUUUUUUUUUUUUAUCUUUAACCUACUUACAAAACAACAACUCGUUCUUUUUCCUAACCCUAACUCUAACCAACUACAAACCCUGGCCCACAAUAAGCAAACAUUCAGUUAAUAAAGAUAACAUCAUUCAAAAGGAAAAGAGAAUAAAUCAAAGAUGGGAAUGAAAAUGAAAAGACUCCUAGUUUACAAAAAUAUAAUGCUUAAUGUCACAGGUCUUGUCUCGGUGGACUGCUGAGGGCCUCUGAUGUCUCAUUUCCAGAUGAAUUCAUCAGAGGAGAUAUGUCCGUUUCAGCUGAUUACUUUGAACAAAUGCUGUUUUAUAUGACUGACUUUUAUUCUUUAAAUGAGCGCCUUGAAGGUGGCAGUAAAAACUUUAACUUUAGCAGUACGGAGGAUCAGCGUAAAACUUUCCACUAUGUAGGAAGAUAUUUGAAUACGGCGUUUUUAACAGAAUAUUUUGGCUUUGAUGUUGACUCAUCGUCUUUGAAAAAUGUAACUUAAACUUCGUAUUAACUGUUGUUUUCCCCGAGUAAAAUGUCAGGGUUCUUCUUCUGAUAUGAGCAGAGCCUUUCUCUUUUUUUAUGAACACAGAACUGAAACUAAAAACACACCCCCACAUUUUUCGCUCCAAAACCUUCUGGGCUUUUUAAAAACGAUCUGAGGUUCUGUUAGCGCGGGAUGAUGUUACUCUGUGUCGAAGCACCAAAAGCUCACAAUUGUCUCAUUUUUUCCCCCUUAGGAACAAUAUGAGCUGUACUGUGAGAUGGGCUCCACUUUCCAGCUGUGUAAGAUCUGCGCUGAGAACGACAAGGAUGUGAAGAUUGAGCCCUGUGGUCACCUCAUGUGCACAUCAUGCCUCACUGCCUGGCAGGUACGAGAGUGGGCGGAUGGGAAAGGGUUUGUGUGGGCUGGCUGCUUUAAUUCAAGUAUCAUAACUCAUACCUGCUGAGGAGAGAACUCUGGUGAAGUGCCCUUCUCUGCAGACGUGUCAGACAAAUGAAAAGCACGUAAUCAAAACGCUUUAAGCUCUCUGUCUGUGUUGCAGGAAUCAGAGGGUCAGGGAACAGGCUGUCCCUUCUGUCGCUGUGAGAUUAAGGGUACAGAGCCCAUUGUUGUGGAUCCCUUUGACCCCAAGGACAAUAGCGGGGGUUCCUGCAGGAGCCAGUUCGGGGCUGAAGGUGCUCCAUCGCCCAGCUAUGACGACGAUGAUGACGACAGACUUGAAGACCCCCACCUCAUGAUGAGCAAACUUGCCUGUACAAAGGUGAGAGUUUGCAAACUAAGAUAAGUUUGAGUUUUCAGGCUGAGCUGUUCCAGCAAUCAUCAUUGAUAAAACACGGGGGUGCUCCGCUUAGUUAGUUCGACGCCCUGGGUGCUCCCAAUGGGUUCCCGGUGUCCUCGUCUUCUCUCUGUUUUUGUGAGAGACCCAUCUCUGCACGGAUGAAACGCUCUGCUGCCUCGGCCUUUUUAUAUUUGGGCUCUUCAAACUCCGAGCUCAUAUCUCCAGUCUUUCAUCACUCUCUUUUAAGGUGCCAAGGUAGCAGCUUUUUUGUGCCUUUCAGGAUUUGAGAUGUGAGGGCAUUCUCCUCUCCUCAAUCUUUUAUGUACCACUGAGAGACCCUGUGUGCAUUAGUCUGCUUAUACAGUAGUGAACACCUGAGAUCACACGCACUUUGAUGUGGUUCCUUGGAUUUCUUCGGCUUUGAUUUCUGCACCGGGAUCUCUCACAACUUUGACCAUUUCUUUAAAUGCACUGAAAGUAUUUCGCUUUCCUUCAACAGUUUUUUACUUCAUGUUAAUUUGUGAUUUUGAUGAAAAAUAAAGCUACUCUUUGAUUUAUGUUUUUCCUCCUCUGUUUAGAAACUUAGAAGAUCCUGUUUGGAGUUUGAUAGAAGUUAGAUCUUUUUUUGUUGUUGCAUAUAAAUCCAGGUGGAGCGCCCUCCGUCACCCAUGUCCAUGGCUCCUCAGUCCUCUCUUCCCCCUGUGCCACCCCGGCUAGACCUGCUACCACACAGACCUCCAAACCCCCCUGGUGCGUCCAGCCCUGGGGUCACCACUAAGGUAACUGAGCUUCAGUGUCUUUAUCAGAGAGAACAACAAAAUCAGACCAAGUUGAAUCUGCCUCUCAGGAGUUUAUUUCUCCAAAUACAGAUUUUUUUUUGCAGAAAAAAGGACACACUCUUCUUUUGUCCUGGAUAAAUUUACUCUUUUGUGUCAACUCUAGGGGUUUCUACGUUUAUUAUAACAGAAAAGCGACGUCAGUGUUGCACCGAUAUUGCCACAGGUGUUUUGGUACCUGACACUGCUUUGAAAAAUUCACCUCUACACCCGUAUGAUGACUCCUCUUAAAUAAUGACUUCCCUUUCAUACAGCUCUGUCAUUGAAACCCUGCUCACUCUCAUCGCCUCUCUGAUCCGAGAAAAGCGACUAUUAUCUUUAAGUGAUAUGAUGCAACGAUUUCAGAGCGUCUCGAUUCAACCAGGCGCUGAUAUAUCCCCCUAUUUCUGCUUAAGUGAUGGUAACUGAGACUUCUGCUAGCAAGAUGAAAUUGUCUUCGGAUGACAAAUACAUCCUUUGUGCUCUUCGUCUCUAUAAUCUGAUUGUUGAUUAACAUGAUGAAUGAACAAUCAGAUGUCUUAUUGCUGAAAAGAUUACUUCCAGCACAGAAAAUGACUGCGCUGGUUUUUAUAUUGAGUCUAAAGGAGCUUCCUCCGUCUCUUUAUUUCUCCUCCAGGCAGCAUCACACCACAAAGACAAGCCUCUGCCUCUCCCGCCAGCACUGAGAGAUCUCCCUCCCCCUCCCCCUCCUGACCGCCCUCAUACAGCCGGAGCGACCCCCGACGGGCGAAUGCAGAGGCGGCCCUUACCCUGCACUCCAGGGGAGCCCCUUCGAGACAAGCUUCCCCCUACACCUCCUAACCGGCCCCUGGCUGACUGGAACUCCCGGCCUGUCCCCAAGGCCCCGACCUCUUCUUCCUCCUCAUCCUCUUCAUCCUCCUCAUCCACCCAGGUCUCCAGUCUAGGGGGGGACAUUCGAGCAGGAGUCAGGGAACUCUCCAACAGACACUCCCUCCCCCUGGCGUUGCCCUCGGCCCUGGACACACGGUCGGACUCACAGAAAAACAACAGCUCCCUCAGUCUGGACCACCAACUGGUGAGAGGAACCCUCACAACUCCAUGUACUGUACAAGAAUGUAGUCUGACGUGAAUUUAAAAGCUUUGUUUACAAGAACUCUUGGCACUCAAGUUGUAACUGACAAGUCAGAUAAGGGAAAAAUAGAUAACACCUUCAGAUAUGACAGUAAGUAGGUCAAGGUAAGGGCGUGUUUGUUGUCCAGUCACUCUGUCAAAGCCACUGUGACACCACUUUAAGUAAAAAUACACUUUUCUAGCCUUGUGAAGUUUGAGCUUCAGAUGGCUCGCCUGGCAAUGCAGCAAAAUCCUUUACACUGAACGUGUCUGACAUUUUCACUUCCUCUCUUUCAGAACUUGGCUGCAAUUGCUGGUCAAGAUUACGAUAACCCCAAAGUCAAGCCCUCCUCCUCAGCCAACGCCAUCUAUUCACUGGCAAUCAGGUAUGUUGUACCGACACCAUCAUAAUAUUGAUAAGAUUGAGUGUGCGAAUUAUGAAUGACUUGAUCUUGAAGUCGAGUAUUCGAUGAAUCCUUAGUGCGAUAAUACAUCUGCUGGGCUUUUUCUCAGACCUUCUCCAGCUCAAAGGCCAGUGCUGGGAGACGAGGCCAGAGACAGCGAGGAGGAGUCGGAGUACAUGAUCCCCUCCUCCCGACCCGUCUUGCCCCCGGUCACGGCACCCCCUGUUGUGGAGACGCCACCAGUCCCAAGGCCUCCUCAGCCCCAGCCAUUAUCUGCACUCCAAAGUCAGGCUCAGACCUCUGCACACAACUCACGGUACUGAAAACACUCUGCGAGCCAUGAAAGGAGAGCGCAUGUACUGGAGAAUGAUCUUUUUUAACUGGUACUUUGUUGUCGUUUUUUAAUGUUGUUUUAUUUUUCCUUCAUCAAGGCUGUCGCUGGCUGAUUUGGACGAUAGACCUCAGAUGUAUGAAGCCAUGUACAACAUCCAGUCCAGAUCACAACAGGCCAGAGACUCAGGUAUUUGGACUCAAUGUUCUUUGUUUAUUGUGGGAAAAUGAGCUUUGCAGCAAGAGUGACUUUGAUACAUACUAAUUGACAUAAUACUUAGGGGCAUUUUUGCUUUCGUUAGAUAGAACAGCUGAAGAGAGACAGGAAAUGUGAGAGUGCAGAGAAGGGUCAUGACUGCCAGGCCAUCGAUGCUCCAUGUAUAUUAAUUUACUAAUAUUAAAGCACACCGACACUCUAUGUGAGAAUGAACCUUAUCUAUGGAAAAAGAUCAUUAAAAACCAGACAUAUGCCAAACUCGUAUAUAAUUAUAGGACUGUCAUAUGACCAGAACUGUAAAAAGUGUUUUUGAUGUUCUCAGAUUAUUCAGAGUUACCCUCCACAACACUGACAAAUGGUCCCAGAGACCAGGCAGCAGAGGACAGGGAAGAGGAGGAGAACGGCUACGACAUCCCCAAACCCCGGCUGCCCAUGCCCCCAGCCAGACGAACCCUUUCAGAAAUGGGAGUAUCAUCGUCCUCGUCUUCAUCCUCCUCAUCAAGUUCAUCCUCCACAGCUGCUUUCAGCCGGCCUUCUCUCGAUUCAGACGUUGUAGCUGGCGGAUGUAAGUGCAUUUGUCCCAGUACAUUAUAUCAAUUCAUAAGAUAGCAGCUCAAAAGUAAAAAGGAAGUUAUAACUAGUGCAUGAAGGAAAUGCGUCAUGUGAUUUGUGUGAACUGGCCCUUUAAAGCAAGGACAUCGCACUUAAGAAUUAAACUUAACAUCUGUUUCACAAAUUUAAGAUAUGAUCUGAAAUGUAUAAAUUCAGCUUCUUUGCUCGUAUCCUUCCUGUUAAAAAAAACAACAAGAAGAGCUCAUUAAUCAGUAGCUUGGAGUAACAUAAAACUCCUGUGACCUCCAGAGCAUCCUCUAAAGUCUAUCUCAGUGUUUUACUGUUAGCUGGUUUGCAGAUUUUCCAGAGGCUCUCUGAAUUUACAUAUAAAUUUGAUAGACUUCAUGUUGAAAAGGGUAGAGAAGAAAAAAAAACUUCAUAAGAGAGGGAUCGGUCACAUCAGUAACUCUUCAAACUACACAGACAACAAGUGACGUUUUCAGAAAGUUCUACACACAUGAUCAUGAAUUAUAGUACAGCUUCACGCCUUUGGAGACCUGUCGUGUAUUUUAAGGUAAAAAGCAGGUGCAGGAGAAACAGUUAAUUUCAUCGUAGACAUCUGCCAACAUAAGGAGAGAAUAAUGGUUCCUUUUCUGUCCCCCUGUGCGUACAUGGAGCCUUUUAAGCAGGUUUUUUUUUUGUAAGCCAGCUUUUUAUUUCUCCGACAUCCUUACAGCCAGUUGACAUUUAGCACCUGUGAUGAUUGCCUGCUGUCUGAGGGUUCCACUUAAGACUCACAUCUGUGUAUCUGAGAACCAAUUAAGUGGCUCUCAGACAAGCUGGCAAGCUCCCUGACCCUCUUUGCUCCCUCUGAGCACUUUAUUUAAGGUUGCAGCAGUAGAGGGGUUAUCCAGUUCAUCAUAUAUACACAGUAUGUUGAAAACGUGGAGUUUCCUUCAGACAAGUACUCAGUCCUACUGCCUGUGAGAUGUGGCUAGUCAGCUUAAAAAUUCUGGCAGGAUCUGAGGAAGUGCCAGUUUUGGGGAGAAAUCUCGAAUAUAAUCUUGAAUUCAGAUAAUUACAAAUGGGGCCCAGUCAGUAUGAAAGUAAAAAGCAUUGGUGCUACUGUAGAUGCCAACAGACGACCAGCAAACACAGUGUUUGGAGGACUUCUACAGCUAGGAUAAAGUGACAUACUCCAGGAUGUGAGGUUAAAAGUUUAGCGGCGCUACGACAUGCAGCAGGUCCUGUUUAACAAGAAACACUUCUGUUACAGACACUUGGUAUUCUUUACUUUACUGUGGUUUACCUGUCCAGCAGAAAAGUUACAGGGUCUGUAAGAUCCCGAAGCGUCCCCCAUCAUUGUUGACACGGCUUCUUCGCUCUUGUCCAGGUGGUCUACCUCCAUUUUAAAUGCCCAUCAUUCCACCUAGUCUCUGGUAUUUAUUUCGUUUUCUUGCUUGUGUUGGCAGUCGUGGCUAAAGGAUGAUUCAGACAAUUUUCCGUACAUUCUGGUUGGUUUUCUACUGUUCGAUAUUGUAGCACGCUAACUUUGUUUGGGCUCCUGAACGACACAGGGGAGCAACGUCUGCCUCACAACCAAUCUGGAUGGGGGAGGUGGAGAAUGGCUUUGUUUACAGUCAGAAAGAGCAGAGCGCUCUGAAAUUUCAAAAUGUUGACAACACAGACAUAACAAAACACAGUGAUAUCAUUAUAUUACCAAAUGUCAUCAAUAACUAAUAGCUACUGACUGAUAUUAAAAGAUUUUUGGAUCUACACCACAAAAAAAGAUGCUUCUUUAAGGGGUUCCUGCCUACCCCACCUUUUAAAGUAUUUAUUCACAUGAUUUUGAAUUGAUGCUAAAGGUAUUCAAGGGAAGUUCAUGUUGUUCUUUUUUGACUGUUCAGCCUUUUCAGAGCCGGUGGAAGCUCCAGAGAGACCUCCAAAACCCCUGCCCAGAAGAAUCAACUCAGAACGCCGACACAGUCCUGUCCCUCCUGUCCCCACUCCACCUUGUAGUGGGGCGACAGGAGGAGAAACCAACCCUCAAAUCAGCAGUGAGAUUGAGCACCUCAUGAGUCAGGGAUACUCAUACCAGGACAUCCAGAAAGCACUGAUGAUUGCACAGAACAAUAUCGAAAUGGCCAAGAAUAUCCUCCGCGAGUUUGUCUCCAUUCCCUCCACCGCGCAUGUUCUUACAUAGCACACUCCUCGUGCCUCUCUCUUGUGUUUGCUCUCUCGCCCUUGCUUGGCUCAGCCUGGUUUGGGUAUAGGCUGGCACAGCUCGGCCUGAAUCCCAAAGCCCAUUGCCCGCAGCACUCGCUCAGAGCUGGCUGAUGCCCUACGCCCCCCUGUGGAUUUUUAACUGGCUUACAGCACCUCCGGGAGGCCCCACCCUGCACUCCAUGCGCUUUCAGCAGUGUCUGGCCUCCUUCAAACUGAUACAGCAGGCCUCUGUUUCUCAAGGACAUCUCUGAUGGAGCGCGUGUGGAACGACGACGGGACGCCACAGGACGUGAGACUCUUAGAGGAAUCCUGGGAAGACAGAUUGUUAUCUUUCAUGUUGAAGCCUCUUGCUGAAAAUGUAACCAACACCUCACGAAUAAAACUAAAAAUGUAUGUCUAUAUAGAAUUUAAUAUAUAAGUAAAUAUAUAUUAAAUGUGUGUAAUAUAUACAGUACGUGCAUAAACAGUAUGUAAAAAAAAAAAAUGACUUCAGCUUUGAGGGUCACUGUUGGUACAGGCAAACUGGGGUAGACAGGGACCAGAAUAACGGGAGGUUUGGCCCUUUAAGGCGGAUACAAGGAUGUGAGAGAACACAUGAGGAAGAGGAGGAGUAAGGGUGUGUCUUCCUCAUGGUGGGCAGCAGCUAAGAGGACGAGAAUUAAAGCUUUUUCAGGAUGAAUUCAAUCUGUUUUGGCCUUUUUAAUUAACAGCGUUGCAUUGGUACGUGUUUCAGUUUUUGUUUAUUUUUUAAGGAGAAAAAAAAAAACAGGCUUAUUUUGUUAUGUUUUUCAAAGUAGCAUAACGAUGGUUUCAGGUCUGGAUUGAUGUCUGGCAGCGUGUGUGUGUGUGUGUGUGUGCACGAGUGUGAGUGUGUUCUGUGUCGUUGUGUAUGUGGGUGCAUGUGCCGGACCUACUCUGCUUGACCUGCUCUUAAUGAACCCGUGUUCCUGUACAACAUGAAUGUGGUUUUACAGUCAAACGUACUACUGCUCUGUGUGUGUGUGUGUGUCAGGGCAGAGUGUUGCUGUAGAGCCUGACAGUGAGAUUAUCAGAGGACGUGCUAAUGUUGACGACCCUGCAGUACCAGACAGGCUAAUGUGUGAUCUGUGGUGGCUGAAAUGUUUUCUUCUGUCUUUGUCUAACGUCAUUGGCAGGCUGGUUUGGAUUUCUCUUUCUAGCUCAGUCCAGUGUUACAAAAAAAAAAAAGUAAUUGAUUUUCUUUGGUAAUAUAUUAUUGUAAUAUGAUUAUAAAUAUUAUUAUAAUUAAUUCAGAAGUGCUUCACUGCUGCUACUAUUGUUAGUGCUAAACAAUUACGCCUUAAAUGUACAUUUGUGAAUAUUGUGUUUAACUGCGUUUUGUUUCCUUAAAGUGACAGUAUCACACGAUUCUUCAGUCUGUAAUGUAGCAUACUUGAAAGUUCAAGCAGCUUGUGAGCCUGCAGCCCUCUCAAGCUGUCCACUCCAGUGUUUUUAAACCUUUAUUUUAUAUAUUUUUCUCAGACUCUUUUGAGGUCAGCAGUUAAAAAGCAAACAAAAAAGCUGUCGGUGUGGAACCAGCUUUUUUUUUUUUUCUGGCAGAUAGUCUCCUCUGUCCCUGUGGGAGCUCCCCUCCACUUGAAAGGGAGUGAUUGCUGAGGUUUAUUUCUUUCUUUAAGUAGGCUCAUGGGUUUGCUGGCCCAUCCCCAAGUCUACGUUAAAAUCAGUAUUUGGGCCAACUGUAAAAAGUAACUCAGGAAAAAAUAAAAAUGUUUAUGUAAACAAAAGUGGCGUAAAGCCUGGCAGUCACAAACACGAGGAGAAACCAGCUCACCUGAGAUGACAUGUAGCCAAAAGUAUCCGCUUAAUGAAGUCACACAAGUAGCCUAUUACCUUUUUCACCUCUCAUCAUAACUUGCACAUUUUUUUUUGUAUUGUUUCAAGAGUUGGCACGGCUAGAGACAGCAGCUUCAGGUACUAUGAAUAACAAGGAGGAAUAAAUGCCAGGAGCUUUUCGGUACAUUGACAUGAAACUCUCCCAGUAUAUGAAGAAUGUUUUUGGGGGGGUGUCAGUCAUGUCAAUAGCUACUCAGCCCUGGCUUUUUCUGAGAAUUGCUGUCUGUCGAUGGAAAGACAUCUCCACGCUGUACAGCCAUCCUCUACUUUUUUCUGUUCCUAGUUGCCUUGAAAAGCGUCAUGAAUGAUGGGUAAUGGAGGAGGUCCCCAACCCUCAAAACUGAACCAAUGUUUUGUUGAUGUUUCAAGGGAGUGUCGAGUAAUUGUUUUAGCUUUUUUUUCUUGUUCUGGCACCAGUUUGUACCAGUUUGUGCUUCGAUACUGUCACUUUAAAGAAAAGCUAAUUGUAUAAAGUUAGUGAUAUGAAAAGAAAAUUUGCUGUUUUAUUUUCUGUUUGCAUUCCUGUACAUGUAUUUUGUUCCAAAGGUUUUGUUUACUUCUGUGAAUAAUUCAGUGAGCAGUGCCAUACGUUUAAAGAUGGUCAUCAUGUUUGGAGUCAGGCCUUGAUUUUUGAAGAGGUAGUAGGUGUUGAUCUCUGAAGGCCAGAUUUGUGCAGCCUUGCUUGAACUAAUCUGGCCUUUCUGCCUUGUUAGCCGGAUCAGAUCUCAUCUGUGAGCCUUUGUGCGAUCUGUGAUAGGUCUCUGUUUAAACCUGAUCUCGGAUCAGCACUCAGCCUCAGAGAUGCUGGAUGCAUACCAGCCCGUUACCCUCCGUCUUUAUGUUGGGGUACUUCAACUUUUGGUCAGAAGAGGGAGCUGCUGGUCCAUGUAGCUGUGUUGCUUCUUGUCAGUAAAUGGCAUUUAUUAACUUUUUGAUGGUUUUUAAAGCUCAUAUCACUUUGGAAGUAUGCACAGUGCUGUUAAUAAAAUGAAAAGCAGAAACCUU